AUGUCAGUUUGUACGUACCGGACUAGACACGGAGUUCGUGGUUACUUAUAUCACUCUAAAAGAUCUGCCCAGUUCACAGAAGUUUCUGGAGCAAAAACUAAAGGAGUUGUUUCUAAGGAAGUACCAGAAAAUUCUACACCUGAGGCGCCCCUGGUAACUGCGAAACAGGGUGGAACUUCUAGUUUACCAAAAACUCAACAGUCGUACGGAACAGUGGAAGAUACUGAUGCUUCGGCUGUAGAUUUGCCUUCGGUUUCUUCGUCUUUCGCGGAUAAGCCAGUUUCACAGGAAACUCAGAGAAAAAGUCUAAGCUCUAAGUUUUUUGAAAGCAAGGGUCAAACUAAAGUCAAGAAUGACACUUCGGAUGUGUAUCAUGAACAGUCGCUGAGUAUUAUAACUAGAAGGCCGAAACCGUACGGUGAUGAUGCUACAGAAAUCUCUGAGAAAUCACCAGAUUUCGCUUGUGCAGUUUCUUCAUCGGAUGAGGAGACUGAAGAGUUGCUAUCUGUUUCGACGUCCAACACUGUGACGGGAGUCGUGCAACGAGGCGGAAAUGUGGCAGCAAUUUCGGAAAAAUUUUCUAGACAGCAAAUUAUGGACGAUGAUAACUCGUACCAAAAUAGACCUACGUCCUUCCCACCUUACAUGACAAUCACUGCUGGUGAUGGUAACCCCGUAAGGCAUUCGCUGAUUAGUUUAGUUAUGGAAGAAGACGUUCCUUUAUUGAUGGAAGCUAUGGCUGAGAAACUUGAUUUCGAAUUUGAAGACGUUGCUUCUGUCCCCUCUAGUUCAUCUGACGGUAUUAUUCGCAACCCAACAUCUGCUCAACGAAAGAAGCAACGCGCUAUUUUACGGAUUGGGUUUUCUAAUUUGCCUCCAGCUGUGUUUUCUUAUCCUGAUGAAGCAACAGCCACCGAGUUUUCUGAAUGGCAUCCGGGAGAAGAUAUUACUUUUGAGGAAUAUCAGCAGAUUUGUGAAGAAGAGCGGCAGAAGUACGAAGAAAGGUUGGAGGCAAGCAAGUGGCAAACUUCGUUUAUUACAAACGGUGGCAAUGAGACGGGUUCAUUAUUGAGUGUACUUGAACAGCCAACUGUCAGUGAUUUUGCACUUGGAGUUACAAGUCGUAUCUCUUAUGCAUCGACUCCACCUUAUAGUUCAAACACUAAUUUUGGAGCAGCAAACGUCUCGCUUAUCGCCGGUAAAUGA